GCUGUGGUUAUAUAUAAAGCCCCUCACUGAGGCUGAAGUACACAGCCAGUUGUAUUAGCAGCAAGUGCUUCACAUUCUUAAGGCUCCAGCUGUCAGGAAGCAAAGGGGAGCUGCACAGAUCUGGGUAAGUCUCUCUACUGGGGCAUAGGAGGAAAAAAGGAGACGAGCAAACAAGCCAUUACUCCCAAGCAUGACGCUGCCUAUAGACCAAGCAGAAGAGCUGCGUCUCUACCAGCAGACGCUCCUCCAGGAUGGGCUCAAAGACAUGCUGGACCACAACAAGUUCCUGGAUUGUGUCUUGAAAGUCAAGGGGAAAGAAUUCCCCUGCCACCGGCUGGUGCUGGCAGCCUGCAGCCCCUAUUUCCGGGCGAUGUUCCUUUCAGACAUGGAGGAGAGUAAGAAGAGGGAGAUCGACCUGGAGGACGUGGACCCUGAAGUCAUGCGCAAGAUUCUCCAUUACAUCUACACCUCCGAGCUGGAGCUCACCGAGCAGAACGUGCAGGACAUUUUCUCUGUGGCCAACAUGUUCCAGAUCCCCUCCAUCUUCACCGUCUGUGUCUCCUUCCUGCAGAAGCGUCUCUGCCUCAGCAAUUGCUUGGCUAUCUUCAGGUUGGGCUUGAUGCUGGACUGCGCCCGCCUAGCAGUGUCCGCCCGGGAUUUCAUCUGCGACCGCUUUGCCCUGGUCUCCCGGGAUGACGAGUUCUACCAGCUCUCCCCUGAUGAGCUCAUUGCUGUCAUAUCUACCGAUUCCCUCAACAUUGAGAAGGAGGAGACAGUCUUUGAGGUGGUGAUGAAGUGGGCGGAAGCCAAGGACCGCGAGAGCCGGAUCCAGGCCUUGCCGAUCGUCUUCGAGAGCAUCCGUUUCCGCCUCAUGCCCAAGGAUUACAUCAGGGACCAUGUGGAGAAGCAUCCCAUUGUGAAGUCCAGCUCGGAGCUGCUCAAGAAACUCCAGGUGGUGAAGGAUGCCAGCGAAGGCAAAUUCAUGGUGGUGAAAAAGAAGAAGGUGAAGAAAAGCAGUGAGACAACAGCUGGGGAUAAUGCUGUCAAUGGAGAAGUGGCCGAGGGGGAUGAUAAUGAGGAGGAUGCCCUCCCAGGGAUCUUAAAUGACACAAUGCGCUUUGGGAUGUUCCUGCAGGACCUAAUUUUCAUGGUGAGCAGUGCUGGGGCAGUGGCCUAUGACCCCAGCGCUAACGAGUGCUAUUUUGCCUCCAUCUCGGCUCAGAUCCCAAAGAACCAUGUCAGUCUGGUAACCAAAGAGAACCAGAUCUUCAUAGCAGGUGGACUGUACUACAAUGAGGACAACAAAGAGGACCCCAUGAGCUCCUACUUCUUACAGUAUGACCACCUGGACUCCGACUGGCUGGGCAUGCCCCCUCUGCCUUCCCCCCGCUGCCUCUUUGGCCUGGGAGAGGCAGAAAACUCCAUUUUCGUGGUAGGAGGGAAAGAACUGAAAGAAGGAGAACAGACCUUGGACUCCGUCAUGUGCUAUGACCGACUGUCAUUUAAGUGGGGCGAGUCAGAUCCGCUCCCCUAUGCAGUCUAUGGUCAUGCUGUGGUAUCAGACAAGGAUCUAAUCUACGUCAUAGGAGGCAAGAGAAGUGACAAGAAGUGCCUGAACAAGAUGUGCGUCUACAACCCGAAGAAGUUUGAGUGGAAGGACCUGGCUCCCAUGAAAACUGCCCGUUCUCUGUUCGGAGCAACCAUACACAAUAGCAAGAUCUAUGUGGCAACUGGCGUGACCGACUCUGGCUUGACUGACUCGGUGGAAGUGUAUGAUAUUGCAGCUAACAAGUGGGAGCCCUUCACUGAAUUCCCCCAGGAGCGCAGCUCCGUCAGCCUGGUGAGUCUGGCUGGCAGUCUGUAUUUACUUGGUGGAUUUGCCACAGUGGAGACAGAGUCAGGAGAACUGGUGCCAACUGAGCUCAAUGACGUUUGGAGGUAUGACGAAGAAGGGAGGAAGUGGGAAGGUGUCCUCAGAGAGAUCCAGUAUGCCUCAGGCGCCACCUUCCUUCCUGUGCGCAUGAAUGUUUUACGGUUAACAAAGAUGUAAAUGACACGAUGAUUUAUGUUGUUCGUGGGUGUUUCUAAGUUCACAUUUACUCAUAUAAAUGGGGUGGGGAGGGACUAUUUUGGUUAAGUCAGAGAAACAUAUCUGUGAUUUGUUGCCUUUUUACUUUACCCAGCAGGGAAAGGGGAAGGGAAAGAAUUCGAAUGGAUCCUUACAGGAGCUUAAAAGCUAAAGCACUGCUUAGAACCCAGAUCUGGAGACCACAAGGAGCUGUGGUGGCCUGAGCAUUGGACUCAUUCUCUCUCUAGGAACAGAUUUGAUUCCCUUUUCCUGUCCAGGAAAGGAACAGUAACCACAUUUUUCCUUCAGGGCAGAAUCCUCUGUUUUCCAGGCAUUCACAUCCUCCCUUUCCCCAUUUUCUCCCUCCAUCCAACAAGGCCCUUCAUCAUCUCAACCACUCUUCUGACUGGGGAAGGCUGAAGGCCAAUCCCAAAAGAAUGAAGCAAGCCAGAAUGGCACAAGGGUCACCCAUGAAAGGGAAAAGGUUCAGAGAAGGACAACUAAAACGAUUAGGGGUUUGGAGAGGGUCCCAUAUGAGGAGAGAUUAAAGA